AUGGAUGCAACUAUGAGCACUGAUAAUAAUUAUAAUAUUCGUAAAGAUGCAAUCUGUUUAAAGUCCUUGAUGAUUACUGAAGAAGAAUGGAACAUUCUUGAGGAAUUGACUAUACUUUUGGUCCCUUUUGCUGAAAUUACAGAAUUGCUUGGUGGCAGUAAUUAUUCUAUACUUAGUUUUAUGUGGCUAGCUAUUAUUACUCUUACUAGAAAAUGUGAACCAUUGUUAACAAGUAUAAAUGAAGAACUUGAUUUAAUAAAUAUGUUAACUGUGUUUGAAGAAGAGGAGGAGAAUAUAGUCGAUUUAGAUGAAGAAUUAGAAAUAAUUGUUACAGCUAAUGGAGAUAAGUUCAAAAUUAAUCAACCUCAAAAUACAGAAGGUCUAGUAGAUAAAGAUACACCUAUUGAUAGUUCUUUAAUUGCAAUAUUACUUGAUCCGCGUUAUAAAUCUAUGAAAAAAUUAGAUAGUUGGGAACGUAAUAAGGCUAUUAAUGUUCUGCGAGAUAAAUACAAUUCACUUAGUACUGGGAAUAAAACUGUUACUAACUUAGUGAAUGUAGAUCAAAAUGAGAAUCAGAUAAAUCUUUUUUCAAAAAUAUUUGG